AUGUCUUUUGAAUAUGCAUCGGUUUCCAAAGCUCUUAUGAUAAGCCUCGCUAUGGCCUCUAUUGUCGUUGGGGUCUUCGAUGUAAAACACUACUUCCAACUUCAACUUGUCCCUCAUCUAUCAAAAUACCAUCAGUAUUGGCGCUUAGCUUUGCACAAUUUUGCAUUUGCAAACUCGAGCGACUUAUUUCUUGCGGAAUUGAUCCUAUUUCAGGAUGGAAUACAAGUAGAACGUUGUUUUGGUUCCCUGAAAUUCGCGUCUUUCAUCUUGGUAUCUACGUUGCUGUCCACCCUCCUGGAAUUUAUUUCUCUUCUACUAUUUCAUCGCGUCGGUCUCAAUCAUCUUUCCUCGGGCCCACUUGCACUGGUCUUCAGUAUCCUGUACCAGUAUUCCAGAAUUGUUCCUCCAAUUUAUGAAUUCAAGGUGUUUGGCAUCGCUUUUAGUAACAAGAGCUUCAUGUAUGCUCUUGCCCUUCAGCUCGCAGUCGCACGUCUUCCUGGCUCAGGGGCUGCCGCACUCAUUGGAAUUCUGGCAGGCCAAAUCUACCGCUCAGACUUGAUCAAUCUCAAAAGCUAUCGUUUAGGACCAACUAUCAUCGGCUUGUCGACGCGUUAUCUCAGCCCGCUCUUGGGUUUUAAUCGUCCCCCGCGACGCAGCAAUCGUGCUUUUCCAGACGCAUCCAGAAGAGCGACCGGUUCUCGACAAGUCUCUCCAAACGACGAAGUGGUAACCACAGCCAGGCCUACAACAGGAAGUACAAAUUCGAGAAUUCGAACUACUGCGGCUGCAGGAGCCGGUGGUAAUUCAGUUGUUCGAGAUUGGGUCCAGGGUUUGACUGGUCGAGGAGACGGUACUACGGCUGGUGUCAGGAUUCCACCUGACAAUGAAAUCACCGAAUUGACAAACAUGUUUCCGGACAUAUCGAGGGAAGCAAUCAUCGGAGCUUUACAAAGAAGGCCAGAGACUCAUUUCUCGAACAGUAGGAAUGUUGAAGGCGCAGUCGAGACACUCUUAAGCUCCCAGAUAUCAUAA